AUGGCACAGGGAAAAGUACUUGUAGUAUCGAACAGAUUGCCUGUUACUAUCACCCGGAAAGAUGAUGGAUCCUACGACUAUUCCAUGUCAUCAGGAGGUUUGGUGACUGCUCUCCAGGGUUUGAAGAAGUCCACCGAAUUCCAAUGGCUUGGAUGGCCAGGGUUGGAGAUUCCUCAGGACGAGCAGGAUAAGGUCAAUAGCGACCUUAUGGACAAGUUCAAGUGUACCGCCAUUUUCUUGAGCGACCACAUUGCUGACUUGCACUAUAAUGGUUUCUCCAAUAGUAUCUUGUGGCCUUUGUUCCACUACCAUCCAGGAGAAAUGAACUUUGACGAGACCGCUUGGGCAGCAUACAUUGAGGCCAACAAGCAAUUUGCUGCCAAGAUCGCCUCGCAGGUGGAUGACAACGAUAUGAUCUGGGUCCAUGACUAUCAUUUGAUGCUCUUGCCUCAAAUGUUGAGGGAAGAACUCGGAAGCUCCAAGAAGAAUAUCCGCAUUGGCUUCUUCCUCCACACGCCGUUUCCCUCGUCAGAAAUUUAUAGAAUUCUUCCUGUCAGAAAAGAAAUUUUGGUGGGAGUAUUGAGUUGUGAUUUGAUCGGGUUCCACACCUACGAUUAUGCGAGACAUUUCUUAUCUUCAGUGGCUCGAAUAGUGUCCAAUGUGAAGACUGUGCCUAAUGGUAUCGAAUACGAGGGUCGUUCUAUCAGUAUUGGUGCAUACCCUAUCGGUAUUGAUGUGGACAAGUUUACUGAGGGUAUUAGAAAGCCCAAGGUGGUUGAGAGAAUCGAACAGUUGAAGAAGAAGUUUGGAGACACCAAGAUCAUCGUGGGCGUUGACCGUUUGGACUACAUCAAGGGUGUUCCACAGAAAUUGCACGCUUUUGAGGUUUUCCUCACCGAGAACCCAGAAUGGGUGGGGAAGGUGGUGUUGGUGCAGGUGGCAGUGCCAUCCAGAGGUGACGUGGAGGAGUACCAGAGUUUAAGAGCUAAUGUGAAUGAACUUGUGGGCAGAAUCAAUGGACGCUUUGGCACAGUGGAAUUCACUCCGAUCCACUACUUGCACAAGUCCAUUCCUUUUGAGGAACUCAUCAGUUUGUAUUACAUGUCUGAGGUUUGCUUGAUUAGUUCCACCAGAGACGGAAUGAAUUUGGUUUCCUACGAGUACAUUGCCUGCCAGGAAGAUAACAAGGGCUCGUUGAUUCUUUCCGAGUUUGCCGGUGCUGCACAGUCUUUGAACGGUGCACUUGUGGUGAAUCCAUGGAAUAUCGAGGAAUUGAGUGACGCCAUCAAGGAGAGUUUGACGUUACCAGCAGAGAAGAGAGAGCUCAAUUUCAAGAGACUUUUCGAUUACAUUUCCAAAUUCACUUCUGGUUACUGGGGUGAAAGUUUCGUCAAGGAAUUGUACAAGUGCCAAGCGGACACUAAAAAAUAG